GAGCAGGUCUAGUGACGCCGUGCGGCUGCAUCAGAGCAGGGGCGCAACGCGACAGCUCGCAGGAGACGUUUCUGUUUUUUUCUGCUCCCGUUAAUUUUUACCACAGCGGGUCCAGCGUAGAUCCACAAUGGAGACCAAACCGGUCAUCACCUGCCUUAAAACUCUCCUCAUCGUGUACUCGUUCGUAUUUUGGAUAACAGGAGCUAUCCUGCUGGCGGUGGGAGUAUGGGGGAAGCUGAUGUUGGGCCCGUACAUCUCUCUGAUAGCCGACAACUCCACCAACGCCCCAUACGUCCUCAUCGGCACCGGGACAGUCAUCAUUGUUUUCGGCCUGUUUGGCUGCUUCGCCACCUGCAGAGGAAGCCCAUGGAUGCUGAAGCUGUAUGCCAUGUUUCUGUCACUCGUCUUCCUCGCUGAGUUAGUGGCGGGCAUCUCUGGAUUUGUGUUUCGCCACGAGAUCAAGGGAACCUUCCGCAGAACGUACACCGAAGCGGUGAAGCACUACAAUGCCGAGGAUGAGGCGAGCCGUGCCGUCGAUAACUUGCAGCACAAGCUGCGUUGCUGUGGCGUUUAUAACUACACGAGUUGGAUUGAGAGCGUGUAUUAUCCCUCAAAUGGCAUUCCUGCCAGCUGCUGCUUCAACUCCUCUGACUGCCACCUCGAAGACCUUCGCAACGCGACUGUAGCCCCGAGCAAGGUGUACCACCAGGGCUGCUUUGAGUUGGUCACUUCUUUCAUGGAGACCAACAUGGCCAUUAUCGCAGGAGUGACGUUUGGGAUUGCGUUCUCACAGCUGAUUGGCAUGCUGCUGGCCUGCUGUCUGUCCAGGAUCAUCACAGCCAAUCAGUAUGAGAUGGUGUAGCUGAUGUGAGGUGGCAGAGAGGGAGUCGAAGAGAAUUAGAGACGAAGACUCUUGACACACGACCAGAGUAAAUUCCUGAAACUCUACCCAACAUCCGAAUUGGAAUUUACGUCCCUCCAUCUCUCUGCCUGUGAUCUUAAUGUAAUAUCUUAAUGUAUCUUACUGUAAAGCACCAUUCCAUGACUCACUUGCACCACAGCUUUCUAUACCACACGUUCCAUCGCGGCUCGAUGUAGAAGUUGCUCACCGGCACGUAUCUCAGAUCAGGACGGCCCACGGCAAGCAGGUAGACCAGAGUUGUCUUGAGUGGACAGCGGUGUUGGUCUCGGGUAGAUGAGCGGGCUCAAACUUGGUUUCUCAGUUGGCUGCAGCAUGCUUAAAAAAAACACUGCACAUGUUUGUACUAAAUGACUUUGCUAAAGCUUGAGAGCAAUCCUUUUACUAGGUAGAUUCAGUUGUUGCAUUUGACUUUGCUGUCGCUCAUCCUUGUGUAUCCUUUGGUUGUGACACUUUGUGAAUUGAUUACAUGCACUGAGGAGUAUGUUUUAGGUUUAUAUGAAAAGUGAGGAAGCCGAAAAAGAAGGGGAAAGAUUAUUUUUAACCUUAAGACAAAGCAUGAUAUAUUUUUCUUGUCUAAAAUAAUGUAUUUAGGUAGUUUAAAUAUGAAUGGCACAGGUUUAAUGGUAUUUGGAAACUUUAGUGUGGGAUACAAAUACCAAACUACAAAAUAACAGUCAACUUUGCGCACAUUUUACAGUCUGUCAUUAGUUUUACAUGGAAUGAAAUGCAGUCCGUUCAGCGAGUCACACCUUUGAGGUCAGUCUAAAAGGCCUGGUCACACCAAUUGCCAAUUAGCAUAUUAGUGUAGAUAGCAUCUCUGCAUCUAAAAGAAAAGGACACUCUUUCAAGGAUGCCUGUGUUCCCAUGUCGGACAGAGAAGACAGGCGGUUUGAAAGAGGAUUUAAGGAAGCCAUCUAUGUCCACUGUGAACAACCAGCGUUGAACAGAGGUGGUGGUUUACGACACCAACUGUCUAUAAUCCA